AAUAAAUACAAUUAUUUAUUUAUUUACGAUGUCCUGCUUUAUCAGUCAGUAUUUGUUUAAGCACGCUGGAAACACUUAAACCCACACUAUAUAAACAUUUACACUUAUUAACAUGGCCAAUAGGGGACACUUUAUAGAUAGAAAUGCAAAUAUUCCGACAGCAGGAUUGUCUACCUCAGGAUUAGGUGGCGAGGAAGGUGUAAAAGUAUGUCUAAGUAUCAGCAAUGCAGAAGAAUUGGCUGAGAGUCUAGUGAGGCGAAAUUGCGGACAGAUCAAUGAAAAAUCAAACCAUCCUCCGGCCGGUUCAGUUCUUCCCAGCAGCAGCAUCCGGGAUUUGCUUACCAGCGAGCUGCAGAAGUCCCGCUUUACGUCCUUCAAGGAGAAGUUCUACGAGGAAAUGUACUUCAAAAAGGCCACUUUGGGUGAGGUGAAGAAGACGUACUCCAAGCCGGACAACGUGACCAAUACAAGCCAAACCUUCGGAAGUCCAUCGAGUGCAUCCCAAUCUGAAUCACUUUAUGGCGUUAUAUUGCCGGCCAAAUCGGCGGAGCAAGUUAACAAGGAGUACGAGGCUUUCCACGACAAGUACAUCAUCAGCCACAAUCACUACUUUCCUUCCGAGCAGGUCAAUCGCAGAUAUUCCCAGCCAUUUGAUCGAAAGUCACCUUCUGGAAAUUUUCACACUCUCGGUGACUUUGGACUCAAAGUGAAACGUUGUCUGGAGGAAGGUGAAAACCACCUGAAGGUUAUUGGCAAGGCACAAGUGGACUUUAUGAAUCGCACCGACGCGCCCCUCGGCAUGCGAAACAAAAAGUACACUUAUGCGGUGCCCGAUAUCACUUUCGGUGUUCCACUGCGCAGCAAUGGCGAUGUGAAGAUGCUGCUUAAUAAUAUCGAACCGUGCCACAAAACUAACCGGCUACUGGAUGCCAUACGCUAUUUGAACAAAAAGCGUCACAGUUUGAGGAAUCCCCUUGAAUUCCACAAGUACGUACUAAAUUCAGUGCUGGAGAGGAGUGAUACGGAUAAGACGGGUCACUUGCCACUGGCACGCGUCUUAGAAAUCUUCAGAAGCUUCCACAUCCGCCUGGAUGCGCACAAAAUCCGACUGGCCCUGUCCAAUUUCCGGAUGAUUGUGGACGAGGGAUGUGCCACGGAGCGGGUGAAUUACCUCGAUUUUCUCCGACUUCUCUCGAUUCAGAAAUCUUUGCCGAAAACAGGUAACUUGACCAAUGUUUCCGAUGUCAGUUGCCUGGACACCACGUAUGACUUGCUCUGCGCCGAUCGUCAAAAGAAGUUCAGGGAUGAUUCGGGGACAAUAAUCCGGAAUCUUGGAGAGCAAAAAACGAGUGUCAAGGAUCUCAUAACACCGGUUUUGGCCACUUUACGUGGCCUAACACAUAGUGAUUUCACCUGUCUGCGGCCCAAAGGGGAAAUCGAACGUAUCUUCAGAAGUCUCGUACCAACUGAUAAAUUCGAAGCCAUUUGGCAGAGUCUAAUGACUGACUUCAAGGACCAGAAUGAAACGGCAUCCGUUUCGCAGUUUCGUACUGAAAUGCACAAACAAUUAGAGGCCACAUCUACAUAAAAGUUAGCCAAUUUACCAUGACAACAAAAUAGAUAUCAAAUCACAUUUUAAAAGCCAAUACAAAUAUACAAGAAGAUAA